GGGGAAUUAUUAUUAUUUUAUUUAUCUCCAUCGAGCUUCGGGCCCGGAUGCGCUCGCCCUCUUCUUCUUCGCCUGCUCCUCCUCCUCCCCGUCCCCGCUCUGUCUUGCUCGGCCCCCUCCGCAGCCCCACCGAGAUCCGGCGAGGCCCAUGGACUCCGGCGCCUCGCCCAGGCGGCCGCCGCGGCGUCGCACCGCGCCGCCGAUGAACUACGACGAGUCGCUGCUGGACAGGGCCCUGCGCGACCACCUGGGCGCCUCCGCUGGACCCCGGAAGCGCAGGAGGCUGACCGCGGAGGAGCGGCAGAAGGAGACGGAGACGGAGGCCAUGAUCGCCCUCUCCCUCGGAUUCCCCAUCGACGCCCUCGUCGACGCCGAGGUGGCCGCGGGCGUGGUGUCGGCGACCCCGCAGGAGCAGAACGACUACAUCGUGGUGCGCAACCACAUCCUGGCCCGGUGGCGCGCCAACGUGCGCUGCUGGCUCUCCGAGGACCACAUCCGCGAGACGGUCAGCAGCCGCUACGACCGCCUCGUCUCCGCCGCCUACGACUUCCUCUACCGGGAGGGCUACAUCAACUUCGGCGUCUCCCCAGCCUUCCGCUCCCCCUCGCUCCCCCUCCGCCUCGACCCGGACCCGGACGGUGACAAGGACUCCGUCCUCGUCGUCGGCGCCGGCCUCGCCGGCCUCGCCGCCGCCGGGCAGCUCCUCAACUUCGGGUUCAAGGUGCUGGUUCUCGAGGGCCGCGAUCGGCCCGGCGGGAGGGUCUACACCUCGCGGAUGUUGGGCGGAGAAGGGAGCUUUGCGGCCGUCGACCUCGGAGGGAGCAUCAUAACGGGCAUUCACGCCAACCCGCUCGGGGUCUUGGCGAGGCAGCUCGGGAUCCCGCUUCACAAGGUCAGGGACAGGUGCCCUCUCUACCGCCCGGACGGCACCAGUGUCGAUGGAAAAUUAGAUCUUGGGAUCGGCCUGGUGUUCAACAAGCUCCUAGACCAGGCCACGCAGCUCAGGGAGCUACUGGGCAAGUUCGCCGAAGACAUUUCCUUGGGUUCGGCCAUCGAGAAGCUCCAAAAGCUGUAUCAUGUCGCCAGAAGCAGAGAGGAGAAGGAGCUUCUUGACUGGCACCUCGCAAAUCUGGAGUACGCCAAUGCAGGCUGCCUCUCCGACCUCUCGCUCGCCUACUGGGAUCAAGACGAUCCCUAUGAGAUGGGCGGGGAUCACUGCUUUCUUGCAGGAGGCAAUUGGAGACUGAUCAAUGCGCUGUGCGAGGGCGUGCCAAUUUUGUACAAAAAGACCGUUACGAGAAUCGAGUAUGGAGAGGAAGGCGUGCGGGUGGCGGUCACAGGCGGGCAGGUGUUUCAGGCUGACAUGGUUCUCUGCACCGUGCCACUCGGCGUUCUCAAGAGCGGCGGUAUUAAGUUCUAUCCCGAAUUGCCGACUCGGAAGUCGGAAGCUAUUCGGAGAUUAGGAUUCGGGUUGCUGAAUAAAGUAGCCAUGGUCUUUCCUCACGUCUUCUGGGGGGAGGAGCUAGACACGUUUGGUUGCCUCAACAGUGAUCGUUGUAAGCGAGGUGAAUUCUUUCUGUUCUACAGUUACCAUACGGUUUCGGGAGGUCCUGUGCUUGUUGCGUUGGUAGCAGGAGAAGCUGCAUUAGAUUUUGAGCAGACCGAUCCGCUAGUUUCACUUCAUCGCGCUCUCAGCAUUCUUAAAGGUAUAUACGGUCCAAAGGGUGUACAUGUGCCUGAUCCCAUUCAAACAGUAUGUACAAGAUGGGGUGAUGAUCCCCUUUGCUAUGGUUCCUACUCCCAUGUUAGAGUAGGAUCGUCGGGUGGUGAUUAUGAUAUUCUUGCCGAGAGUGUCGAUGGGCGACUUUUUUUUGCAGGGGAGGCGACGAGUAGACAAUAUCCUGCCACUAUGCAUGGAGCCUUUUUGAGUGGAUUAAGAGAAGCUUCAUGCAUUCUUCGUGCUUUGAAGACUAGAGCUUCACCUAACUACAAUCCUAAGAGGUGCUUGCAAAAGAGCAUGCGAGUGUGCAAUGACAUUCUGUUGGAUUUAUUUGAUGAACCUGAUCUAGAAUUUGGGAACUUCUCUUUUGUGUUCGCAUCCCUCACAAGUGAAGACCUGAAGGCGAUGGGUCUUAUGAGAGUUUGCUUUGGGAAGUCUGCGAACAAAGCUUAUGGCAAAGUCAGCUCAGGAAAAGUGUUACAAAAGAUUCAAAGAUCAGAACAAGAAUUUCAAGCUUUCUAUCUCUAUGCAAUUUUAUCUCGGGAGCAGGCACUUCAAAUACAAAUGGUCAGUGGAGAUGAUAAGAGUAGAUUAGCAUUAAUAUGCAAAAAGUUUAGCUUAAAGCUAAUGGGUUGUAAUACUACCUGUGCUGUAGGGAGUUCCCUAAUUACUAGCAUUUCUGCAGCAAGAAGAAGCCACAAUAGGCAAUACCAGUCUAUGCAUUACAAAUUAUGGUUUUGACAUCUAACUUGUUUUACACCAACAAACUUUUCCUCCUGAGAUACCCUAGGAACUUGCUGUAUAGGCAGCCAUGUCAUUGCAGUGUAAUACUGCCUUUGUAUUGUACACUAAUAUAAUCUCAUUCUUUCGAAUUGAUAAGAAAAAGUCUGCCUUUUUGGAUAGCUUUCACA